CGGGGCGGGGUAGACGGGAGGGAGCCGCGCGCGGGCAGAGGGGACGCGCGGGCUCCGCGGCCGGCUCCCCGCACCGUGCACGCGCCGCCGCCUUCCUGAGCUUUUCCAGAAGAUGUCGGGAGCCAUCUUCGUGCCCCUGGAGGGCCUGGGGGCCCCGGACGCCGCGAGCGGCCACCCGCUGGUGUGCCCGCUGUGCCACGCACAGUUCGAGCGCCCGUGCCUGCUGGACUGCUUCCACGACUUUUGUGCCGGCUGCCUGCGGGGCCGCGCCACCGACGGCCGCCUCGCCUGCCCGCUGUGCCAACACCAGACGGUGGUGAAGGGCCCCAGCGGGCUCCCUCCUGUGGAUCGGCUGCUGCAGUUCCUGGUGGACAGCUCAGGGGAUGGCAUGGAGGUGGUGCAGUGUGCCAACUGUGACCUGGAGUGCGGCAAGCAGGACGCAGAGACCACGUACUUCUGCAACACGUGUGGGCAGCCGCUGUGCGCACGCUGCCGCGAUGAGACGCACCGGGCACGCAUGUUCGCGCGCCACGACAUCGUGGCCCUGGGCCAGCGCAGCCGCGAUGUGCUCCAGAAGUGCACGCUGCACGCCGAGCCCUACAUCAUGUUCUCCACCGACAAGAAGUCGCUGCUGUGCAUCCGCUGCUUCCGGGACAUGCAGGGGGAGAGCCGGGCGCACUGCGUGGACCUCGAGUCAGCCUACGUGCAGGGCUGCGAGCGGCUGGAGCAGGCGGUGCUGGCCGUGAAGGCCCUGCAGACGGCCACACGGGAGGCCAUCGCGCAGCUGCAGGCGAUGGUGGAGGAGGUGCGGCGCAGCGCGGCGGAGGAGGAGGCCGCCAUUCAUGCCCUCUUCGGCAGCAUGCAGGACAAACUGGCCGAGAGGAAAGCGCUCUUGCUGCAGGCGGUGCAGAGCCAAUACGAAGAGAAGGACAAGGCCUUCAAGGAGCAGCUCUCCCACCUGGCCACUCUCUUGCCCACCCUGCAGGUUCACCUGGUCAACUGUUCAUCCUUCCUCAGCCUGGCCAAUAAGGCUGAGUUCCUGGACCUGGGCUAUGAGCUGUUGGAGAGGCUGCAGGGCAUCGUCACGCGGCCGCAGCGCCUCCGGCCAGCGCAGAAUAGCAAGAUCGCCAGCGACUACCGCGCCGAGUUUGCGCGCUGCCUGGAGCCGCUGCUGCUGCUGGGGCCCCGCCGGGCGCCGGGGGCCGGGGCCGCCCCCAACACGCUAGCAGCGAGCUCAGGCCCCAACGUGCUGAUGGGGCCCAGCUGCCCUUCCCCAGCGGGAAAGAUGCUGGGGUCACUAAUCCAAAAGCCCACGCUGCACCGGUCCAUCAGCACCAAGGUGCUGCUGGCCGAGGGUGAGGAUACACCCUUUGUGGAGCACUGCCGCCACUAUGAGGACUCCUACCGGCGCCUGCAGGCAGAGAUGCAGAACUUGAAGGACCAGGUACAGGAACUGCACCGGGACCUCACCAAACACCACUCGCUCAUCAAGGCGGAGAUCAUGGGAGACAUCCUGCACAAGUCCGCACAGGUGGACGCGCAGAUCGCCUUGGAGUACGCCUCCCUGGAGGGGAUGAGAGCGGUCUUCCAGGAGAUUUGGGAGGAAUCCUACCAGCGGGUAGCUAACGAGCAGGAGAUCUACGAAGCCCAGCUCCGUGACCUUCUCCAGCUGAAGCAGGAGAAUGCCUACCUGACCAGCAUCACCAAGCAGAUCACGCCCUACGUCCGCUCCAUUGCCAAGGUGAAGGAGCGACUGGAGCCCAGGCUUCAGGUGCCCGCGGGGGAACAGCUGGACCACCUACAGAACACACACGAGGAGGACGUCAGUGCUGAGACCCAGGCCAGGAAUGACCCAGUGAGUGUCGCAGAGAAGAGAGAGAAGACGUCAGAACCCAGAGGGAACAGCCGGACUCCAAACAGCCUCAAAGAAGAGCCUCCACUGAAAAACAAAGACCCUCACAGACCCAAACUGAAAAACGGGGGCGGGGGCCCAACACAGAGAGAGCGCCCGAUUUAGCAAACGCGACUGGUCCGGAGGGGUGGGCAUUUCACAGCACGCAGGUCAAGACUGGGAUAUUUAAGAAAGGUUAUUCCCACCAGGUAUGUCAUAAGGGGUAAUCACCAAUCAGCGGAAAAACCCAGACACUCCGACCGGUCCUAAUCUCAGAUUCUUUGGCUUAAGUUUCACUCUUCCCUGUGUUUGCACUGCAUGAAGUCUCAGUCCUCCUCACGGGGACUGGGGGCGACGCCCCAGUCCGCCUGGAAAGCGUGAACACGUGAACGUGCCGUGCGAGCCCCUCGCUGGCCUGGCACCUCCUUCGCGGGAGCGCCAGGCCCUGCCCCCGUCAGGGGCCGUGCUCAGACAGCCCUGCCGUGCCUGCCUCCCAAGAAUUCAGGGUGUCCUGAGCCAUGGCCCCGCUGGGAAGUUCCAGCCGGUAAUCUGAGCACUGACUCAGCAAAAGGGAAAACUGGCACUCCCGUUUUCUCCUGUCAAGGAGGACUGAGCUGCCAGGGCAAAGGAGAGGCGGCCGGUGGCACGGGCUGCAGGAGAGGGUCAGUACAACUUCCCCACAACUUUCUGCUGCUUCUCCAGACAACGGUCACUCUCGUGUUCACCUUCUACUGGUAUUACUAAAGGACGACUCAGAAUCCUU